CGUCUUAUUACUCACCUCUUCGUUCAAACGGAGCCAGUCAGAGCAGCGUCUCCCUCAUCCUCAUGUCAGACAUCCAAGUAUAUAAACAUACUGAUGGGAAAAUAUACGUCGGUGAACGGAUAAACCGCUUCACCACAAUUAUCAAUGGAGUUGGCUUUUAUAUGCUUGAGUUCUCCGAUCAAGAGACUGUUCGCUGCCCCAUCACAGCUUGUAGAGAUGCGCCUGUUGGGACGCCUUUAACCGCUUCCCCAAACUAG